GCCGCUCUAGUCUCCCGUCUCUGUUGCCGGCGCCGCUCUACCCCUCUCGUUAGCCUCACCUGCUCCCAGUGCCCGGUGCCGGGCGGAAGUGAGCGGCGCGGUCAUGGCGGCUGUGGACAUCCGAGAUAAUCUUUUGGGAAUUUCCUGGGUUGACAGCUCCUGGAUUCCAAUAUUAAACAAUGGGAGUGUGUUGGACUAUUUCUCAGAGCGAAGUAACCCAUUCUAUGACCGAACAUGUAACAAUGAAGUUGUCAAGAUGCAGCGGAUGACAUUGGAACAUUUGAACCAGAUGGUUGGAGUGGAGUACAUUCUUCUUCAUGCUCAAGAACCCAUUCUCUUCAUUAUCCGAAAGCAGCAAAGGCAGUCUCCUACACAAGUUAUUCCACUGGCCGACUACUAUAUUAUUGCUGGAGUGAUUUAUCAGGCACCUGACUUAGGGUCUGUUAUUAAUUCCAGAGUUCUCACUGCAGUGCAUGGAAUUCAGUCUGCUUUUGAAGAAGCCAUGUCCUACUGUCGCUAUCACCCAUCCAAGGGCUACUGGUGGCAUUUCAAAGACCAAGAAGAACGAGAGAAAGCUAAACCAAAAGCCAAGAAGAAAGAAGAACCAAGUUCUAUUUUCCAAAGGCAACGGGUAGAUGCUUUGCUUUUAGACCUAAGACAAAAGUUUCCACCCAAAUUUGUUCAGCAAAAACUUGGAGAAAAGCCUAUCCCAGUGGACCAAAUCAAGAAGGAACCAGAACCAGCCCCUGAAGCUGUCAAGCAAGAGGAAAAAGAGACUGCAAAGAAUACUCAGCAGAGUGCUGGUGCUAAAGGACCACCGGAAAAACGGAUGAGACUCCAGUGAAGGUAGAAGUUGUUGCACAUCUGGAUUGGUACCGGAAAAUGGGAUAUUCUUGCUCCCCUUUCUUUAUAUUUAAGCCCUUCCACUGAGACUAAUGAUUCAGCGCCUGAAGUCCCUGUAAAUUCUUUUUCUAUAGAACCUUGCCACUCAGAUGUUAAUGUCAGGUUGUGAGAUGCCUCAAAGAAGGUGCUGUCAGUCUCUUCAUCUGAUUUUUGAAUGUUGGCUGCUGAGAAUGGUUUUUACAUGGACAUAUUUUGCAGCUUCCUGAAAUCUUCACAGGCUCUUGCAUCCCUUGUGUCUUGGUUUCCUGUGUAAAAAAACUUUUAUAUAUAUUAAAAAAACAAUUCUUGGCAAAUAAAAAUGCUGGUUGCUGGAA